GGAGAGUCCUGCUUGUUUUGGAGGCUGCAAGACCUAUAAAGGAUGAAGACUUCUCUUCUUGUCGUGCUCGUCAUUGCCCUGUGCACGGAGAGUGCUUUCUCCUUGACGUGCUUCACAUGCCAAGAUGCAUCUUCCAAUAUGGAAUGUCUCAAACCAGCCACAUGCUCCGAGCACGAGAAGUACUGUCUCACAACCUACUCUACCAGGGGAUUCGGCGACAACCGUAACCAGCGUAUUAGCAAGAAGUGUUCUGCAUUUUGCCCAACAAUUGACCUGAACAUUGGCAUAGCCGGUGUUGCUACCAGCUGCUGUGAGACUUCCUUGUGCAACAUCAGUGGUGCCAGCAGUGUGAAAACCAGCUACGCUAUGAUAGCUCUGGGUGUCUUGGCCAGUCUUGCCUGCAUCCUCCGUUUGGGUUUUUAAAGGGGCUGGGGUGGGGUGGGGGGGGGGAAGGAGAGGAAGAAGCUUCUUGGCUUUGCCUACAAGGGGUCAAACUCCCAUCUGUACAGUGUGAAUGCUGCCCUGUUUUCUCCUACCUGGAAGGUCACAUCCCAUCAGCAAAUAUUUUUGCUCUUUCAGUGCUCUGAUGAUAACGCCCAAGAGCACAGCCCUACCUCAAGAUGGUCUUUGGAAGAGAAAGGCACGAUGUGGAGCCCUACACAUGCAGAAGGGCACCAUAUAGUCACGAUCUCUCCUGCUAUUGGCCUUUAUAACUCCACGAUUUUUUUUUUUCUCCCCUUCAUUUUGUCCCUGCCAUUCUCUUGAGCCAUUUUUCCCUUUAUAAUAUUUUCUGGCCUAUAUUAUUUUGGUCUGAGGAAGCCUUUAAUAUAAGAGUUGUUAAAUAGAAA